AUGCGCCGUCCGGGAACGCUGCCCAAUUCCGGCACGUCCGGUCAUCGUGCUGCCGCCGCUAUAGAGGACGGUACCACGCCAUUGAGCGUCGCCGGCGAUAAUUGCUCGUCGACCGGCGCCAGGUUACAUUAUUCCAAUCACUCUUUACGCCGUACGCCGCAACCGCCCCAUCUGCCACCUCGCGACACCGACAACUCCUCGGAAAGAACGCAGAACGACUCGAGGCUUCAAAACGGUAUACCCGGACAUCAUCGUGCGCCUCCGCCCCUUCCUUCCAGGCACCAGUCGUCCUGCAGCCAAUCUUCCUACCCUACCCUGCCUAUGAACGGCCACGCGACUCACCAGUUUCAUCAUUUCCCACGCGAGAAAGACAGAUCGUCGGCUCGCGAGAGGAGUCGCGAUCGGGACGUAGGCCUGCAAUCCGUCCCUCAUCGGUCCGACAAGCACCGAGAUCUUCAGAUGGAGAUGGAGAUGCGCGACGGGCUGGACAUGGGCGAAAUAGGCACUUAUCGAGCGUAAAGAUACGCGCAGCACGAAAACGGGAACAAGGUGAACUCGUUUCGGAGGAGGCCAGAGCGCGGAUAGGCCGAGCGAAUUGAAUCGAAGACUGAAUUCGAACGUCGAAUAGAGACUAUCUGGCGGGUGAACGAGAUUCAAAUAGACCGCAGUUUACGCGUCUCCGUCCGAUUUUCGCGCACGCACGUGAUACGGUCGAAGAGGCAAAGAUGCAUCGAAGCGUUAGCCAGCGAACGAUAUCGAUGCAAUCGCGAUGGAAUUGGCCAACUCACGACUAAAUCAAAUCGAAGACUGAUUACGACGGACAUCGGUGAACAAUAUCGACGAGUAAUUAACCGAUACCGGUACAUUCCAAUCACCUGUCUGCCAGUCUUCGCUGGGAUCGGCCAACACCAAUUUCAAUCAAAUUACAACGUUUUGGUCGAUGCAGUUUCUCUGAACGUCGAUCGUACCGCGUCGUUGUAACGGCUCGACGAGAAAUCUCCAAUUUUUGCUAAAAAGAACAGCCAAAAGGAACGUAUAGAAAGAUACGCGAGUUAUUUUAACGGGAACGAUGCUUCGCGUCAGGAAUACGAAGAAUGAGAGUAUAUCCGAUGGAAAUAAGAAGAGAAAGAAGGAUUAGUCGCGCGUGCGAAUCAAACGAGAGAGUCGAUAAUGAAAACGUCACGAUGCCGAAGAAACUUGGUCGAUAGGAAGAAAGGCCGACCGGCUAUCGACAAUUAUCAGAAGGUAUCGAUACGUUUCGCUAGACGUGGACGUUGUAGUUCAGUGACUCGAAGAGCGCUGCAAGGACUUCACGGUAAAAGAAAACCGACUCUGCGAAGCAAGAUGGAUCAGAUUGGAACGCGCGCGUGUGAAACUGGUGUCUUGGAACUGGUGUCGAAAAGACCGACGAAAGACGAGUUCAGUGUACGUUACCGCGAUGGUUUUACGCGCGACUAUACAACGGUCGUGUUGGUCUUGAACGGGAAGAAAAUCGCGUGUUCGACACAUCGAUGACUUUGAAGAUCUUUCGCGAAGAAUUCGUAAAGGCGAAAGCGGAAGAGAAGAAGGAAGUUGGAAGAAGAUGAAAGUUCCGGACGAACUUGUCGAGAACGACGUUCGACGAACGUGUGCCAACGUUCGAAUCGUAAAAUGGCACCUCGUUUGUAAACGUAAUUCUGAAAAGUUCGUAGAGCGAAACAACCGAAUCGAAAUGCAAAGAAACGAGACUCGUCGGUUACGCUCCCUUCUCGUCGCUGUCGCUCGCGAACGAUCCGACAAAAUCAUUUCGGGAAUCAUACCGCGAUCACGGUGAGAAUCGCGGUGAAUCUUCAAGCGCCUUAGAAAGCGAAUAACUUGAGAAGAAAGACGCCGAGUCGUAUUCGAAAUGCUCUACCAAGCGUUUCGAUCAUUCGUUGUAUCGUAUAUGCCCGGCUGUUAUCGUACGUUAUACGUAUGUAUCAUAUAUUUCGUAUUUAUUGGCGUGGUAUUAGAUAACUUUAUAUCUAUCUUUGUAUUUUCUGUAUUAUUUAAGGAAAGAACCGACUGCUUUUUCACAUUUCCUUGAGAUUUGUACAUUUUUUCUGCCAGAAGAGUCGAGCCGAUUAACCUUGUAAAUUAUUGUAAAGAUAUUUUUUAAAUUUAGUCAUGUACAAAGAAAAAAUGUACGAAUUUGUAAUAGAACACCUAUUUUCUGAGUACGAUUCGUAAUAAACGAACGCUCGCACGAAACUCCGCUGCAUGUACCCGUGUACUUUGACAUCUAAUAAAAAGUCGACCGCUUAAUUAUACCUAAACCGUGAAAUAUCGCAACAAAGGACGAUCUCAAGUUCACAACCUACGUGAUGAAAUCAAAGGAACCUUCAAGAUCGAAAGUAACUUGGACGAAGUUGACUACCGAGAAUAAUCGCUCGACUGCAAUAUAUUCUCCUUCGCGAAUCUGGAACAUAAAUGUAUAACGAACUUUCUUGGACCGGAAGGAACUUUCGUGAAACUGGAACUUGAUCGUGAACUUAGGCUUCAACUAUUCAGGACGACAACACUGUCUCACGCUCUUUCGGAUCGCCAUCCAAUCGUACUUAAAACAAGCGUUCGAAACAAUUUUCUAUUUAAGUCCGUGUGUCUUUGAUUCGUACUACCGUUGUUAUUCUAUUCUCUGCCUCUAAAGAAAAGUUCGAACUACGGAACAGAAGAAAUUUCUAUGUUAAUUUCCAUGCGUUUCAUUCGAUAGAACGUACAUUUCGCUUAUUCGUUUUAAACUCGCCCCGGUUUAAACGACGAGUCGACGUUCCAGUUGCCAGCUAAAGCUACGCGUAUGCGAUCGAACGUUCGUCCAGAGAUCCUUCGAUUUUCUGGCAUCGGACAAUCGCUGCAUCAACAAAUUGAACUAUUAGAAAACGUUUUCAUUUGCGCAGAACGAAACCAAAGUGUGUAUCGUAUUCUCGUGCGACUCGUAGAAUCCUAACCAUAUAUAGUAUAUUUUAAUGGUGCGAAUUUUAUUUUCCAAACGAAGCGUGAAUACGUAGACGCGCGACGUAGUUCGGCGAACCGUACAAGUCGUAGUUCUUCGAUCGUUAAAAUUUAAGGAUUAAUUUGUAGCGUCUCGUCGAUGCAGAUACGUACAUCGUUGCCAACGUCGAAAUUCCUGCGAUAAAGAUUACCGUUCGAAGCUGCCGUAUCGCUGAUCAAAGUGUCUCGACAGCCUGUAAGCUUCCCUGGCUGCUAAACUUUUGCUUUUUAAACUCGCUAUUUCACUGCAACGACCAGAAAAAAGAGAAAAAGAAAAAAAAAGGGAAAGAAGGCAAGGAAAUACCUCAGAGUGUAAAGAAUUUUACGAUAAAGCUAGAAAUUUCGGUUGUCGUGCAAUGCUGUACCCGUCGUGAAAAUCGAUUGGCAAGACACGAUACCUAUACACGAUUCUGGUCGCCCGGACCAGCUGUUAACCGACUAGAAGCAAAAACUUAUCAACGUAUUGAAACGUAUUUUACGAUUUACGUGUACUCUCGUACUUUAACCACGAUCGUUUCACCGCCGACUCGAUAGCGAUCGAAGCUCGAGCAGACUUUUCCGUUGUUAUUCAGAACCGUGUACAUUUCAGAAUAGCUGGCGGUCGUUUUUAUCCCGCUGGGACAUAGGUGGACAUUAAAGGUGUAGGGUGUUCGAUAUCUCGAUGCGAAAUUAUUGGUUUCGUGUAGAUACGGAAUAUCGUGAACAAUGAUAGACCGCGGUGAGACAGAGCCACAGGCAUUGAAAAACGAUCGUAAGCUAACGAUGUUCGAAUAGCUCUCGAUUUCUUUUCGGACACGUUCGUUCGUCCGCCGUUUUUCAGAAUCAAACUCGCGUAUAAAAGAAUAUCUGCGAUAUUAUAUCACGAGAUUGUAAAUAACAUUACUCUUAUCGUUUACGGCUCGUAAAGAUCUCCUUUGAUCGUAACAGGUGUAUAUGUAUUUUUCACGCGGUUGUGUACGAUACAGCGUAUCUUCGUCAAGUACAGAGUAUCGCUCGGAUAACUCAAUUUACUGGUAUUUCGUCGUCUCGAGUUUGUCGCUGCCUCGCCGUUUGCUAAUUACGCGACUGCAAUUACGUGACUACAAUACGAUAAAACCAGCUUAUCGGUAUUCGAUCGAACGUUGUCAGAAACGUCGUUCUAAUUUCUAAAGUCAAAGUUUCGACGAGAAAAACCACGAUCCAUAGCUCGGCUCGUUAUCGAAAGUAACCGACGUUCCGUGACUGAGAGACGUCUUAAAUUCGUCCCUCGAUAGCCAUCAAAAUCCUGUUUCAAACAGCACGAACGAUAUCUCUCUUUCGAUCGGCCAACCAACAACGUUAAGCAUUCUCGUUGGUGACACGAUACUCGAGACAUUCUUUAUCCAGUUCGAGUCUACGCAAACUUUUUCCUAUUCAGAAUAUAAAACGGAAAAGAAACGCCAACUUUGAAAUAAUAAUCGAUAACUCUAUACAAUGCUCUCUAAAGUAAACGAGCAAAUUUUUAGUCGACGCUCGUGUACUGGAAUUAAUAACUCGCGUCAACGAUUUCAGUUGCCGACGUUGGAAGACACAUUUCGUCUCUUACGAAAGUACGGAAAGGCAAAUUUACGAUAAGAUACGUGCGACGAACGAAUUUUACGUUACGGAACGCAAAGACGCUAUACUGACAUUUGCAAGCGAUAGACGGGCUCGUUGAGAGUGAAAUUACUUAAAAUCUCGUUACAAUAAAAUCGGUAGCGCGAAAGAAGAUAGAAAUCGUACAAAAGAUAUAUUUAGCCGGUUUAGCUGGUCUAGUUGAUUGCACAUUGUACGCGAUCUUGCGCGCGUAUCGCGCCGCGACUCGGCGGAGCUCGGUUGGAAAAGAUGAGAAGCUCGCGCGGCGAGAUUAUUUUUCCGGCCGAGUGUACCCUGUGGAAUUCCACGGUCACCCCGGUCGAGAAAGGUGACUGCACCUUGAAUCGGCUCUCGCGCGCCGAUCCCGACCGUCGAGAAGCUAAAUUCCAGUUCAGGCCUUUGAACGAGCUUCGAUUCCGGAAUAGGUUUCGAGCAACCAUUCGCCAGCUAUUGUUUCGAAGAAGAACGAGGGAGUCCUCGCUUUCACGCGGGAAAACGCGCGUGCAAAUUCCCUAUUUAAGAUUUUUUACUGCGAACGAACAUUUUCAAAGAUUUACGUCUUCGGGCUUCUUCGCUUUAAAUCGACGAUAUUUAAUAAUUUCGUUUACUCGAAGAACUAAGAAUCAUCGAGCAUUCGUCGAAGAUCCGUGAUCGGAUAACGAUAAUACGGCGAUAGGCGCGCGGUACGAUCAGUUGCGUGGUGGAUGCUGGUAAAUGCAAAGAGCGAUUCAAACGGUUCGCCAUUCAACGCUUCGUUCGGAAUUGAACAAACUUUGUCCGACAGAAUAUGUCAGUAUAGUAUCUGUGUUGGCAACAAGUAGCUUUUAAAAAUUCAGUAUCUAUCCGGUACAUGUCAGUCUGACCCAUCCGCUUCGAUCGCACUAUCGUGUUUGGGAAAGUUUUCAUUCAUAAACGUCAGUGAAAAACAUUUAUUAACUCGAAAAUGGAUUAACACGCGUGUACGUAGUAUUUUACAUUUUGUUUGUUGGGAACGUUAAAUCGAUGACUGUUAGAGGAUUCCCAAUUCUAUACACGAGAGAGAAAAAAUUGCACACCGAUAUGCGUGCCUCAUACGUUUGAUGUUUCGUUUAAUCGUGACCGAUAUCCAUUUGCUUUAACUUGCGACAAAAUGGUACAAAUAAUUAAACAAUUCAAAAAGUUAUCCCAUAGAUUUCGUUAAACCAAUUAUCUAAAAUUACAAACGUUUCGUUUCCACAACCGAAGACAAUUGAAUUAAACACAUGGAUCUAUAUUCUCGAACAGUCGAGAUUACGUAACGGAUGUAUUAAAUUUUGUGUUUUGUAAAACGAACAUAUAUAUCAUAUACCUAGUUCUUCAAACUAAUCGGCUUCGAUCCUCUUGCGUGAUCCUUUGAAUUAUAAAUUUAAAUAUGAUACUAGAAAUCGAGUGCCAUUGCGAUUUACCAACGUAUUCGAAACAUACGUACGUAGAUUACGAGUCUUUCGUUCUAUUCUAUAUCCUUUUACCUAAUGAUCUAUUUAUUCUAAUUAAAAUAUUUUAUCUUAUACUAAAUUGAUAUUUUUAUGUUGCAAUAUAUAUUUCUUUUGACGUGACCGUAACGCAAUUUAAAUCUCCAACCUACUAAAAUUUCGACUAUUUCUUCAAAAAUAUGUUCGAUCGAUGUCUCGAGAAGCGUUACGAUCAGUUGUUCGCUGUUGUACGUCAGCAAUUAACUACUAAUGUGUCUCGGAAAAUAUUAAACGUCUUAAAACUUUACUUUAUUGAAACGGAACGGACAAUAGAAAUACAAAGGAAAAAGAUAUGCGUAUAUAAAACCUCGAUGUAGCGUGUCAAAACGUGUUUUCAACAAGUGGUUGAGAGAUAAUUGAAAACGGAAUAAGUAAUCAAAGUUGCGACAUAUUUUACGAAGCAACCAAAUAUCUGUAACAGAACAUCCAUAAGCAUCUAUUAUGCGGACACACGUACUUUAAGAAACUCUUUUUUUUUUUUUUUUUUAGAAACGUUCGUAUUUUAAUUUUCGUACUUAAUCUGGAAUCCGUGCCAAUCGAAUACAGAUCGCCUUUACACGUGCACACGCAAAAGUAGAUAUAAAAUUUAUCUCGAGGCAAAAGCCUUUGAUAUUUAAGAUUUUACAAAAUUUUCUUCGAUUAUAUUCUAACGGGAAAAUAGCGCGUUUAGUUGAAGCAAAAAGAAAGAUAAAUGAAGUUUACAUGAAAAACUGCAAGUUACAUCGUUUUGCUCCGUUCGCUUUCGAUUUUGUAUCGUCGCAUGUACUGCCACUUAACCGAAAUAUCCGACACCCUCUGUGUUCAUGAGAAUCAUCGUUUCGCGGCAUUUUAGAAACGAUUUUAACGCGAAAUCUAAUCGCCAUUGUCGUUCGAACGUAAGCAGAAUCUCGAGCGUCGACUGUUUCUCGUUAUCCAUCGUCGAUUCUCGUCUGAGAAAUCAAGAAACUAAAUACGAAAAACAGCAAAUCGAAGGUGAUUCGCGUUCGAACUGUCAAAUGGAUCGUCAUACGCGUUAAAUCCAUAUAAAAGCGAUCGACCGUAAGUAACGAUGCAUCUAGUUUCGUAAGUUGGACGCUUUCCAAAAUACUCGCACAAAUCUUAUCGCGCGUAGCUUUUCAGUGGCUAAAGUUCGCUAACACCGGUAAAAGAGUAUCGUACAGAGAAAUCGGCACGAACACGUUCACUGUUGAUCGAUUUCCAUUGUCGAUGCCACUGUUCGCCAAAUUAUAAUCUUACGUCAUAAAAUCAUAUCUUCCUUCCGUACAAAAUUUUGCAUACGCGUUGCGAAGAACUCUAUGCCGAUUUGAAUCCGAGACAUGAUCUGCGAGCGUGUUAAGCCGUUGUUUUUUACCUGAUUCGUAAUCACUUUCCCUUAAUACCUAAUAAUAUAUAUAUGUCCACAUCAGGUUGGCAGAAUAAUAUUUAUCUGGAACGCUCUUUUCUAUACGUUGAACGCAUUAUUAUCUAACAUUUAUCUACGUACUGAAGUUCGUUUGAGCGCGAUAUGUCGUGUGAAACGUAUAGAAUCGCGAAUGCGAAUCUUAUCGAUCGUCUCCGUUAUCGAAAAUGUAGUAAAAAUUCGCUCAUAAGUUCGUGAAAUUUCUUCGCAGAGAUCGCGUAACAGACGUGGAAGAAACGACGAAACGUGUUCGCAAAAGGUCCCUAACGUCUGUUCUGUACGAGGGAGAAACUGCUGAUAUCCUAUCCAAUGUAUUCCGACGAGAUGGUCGGGAUCGAAUUCAAGUAACUCAAAAAUUAAUGUAGUGAUAAGCCAGCAUCAAAUAUAUCAGAUCUUAUUUUUUAAGCAACGCAAGAGUUUGCGGGCGCAAAGGUGUGACGCCUUGAGAGCGAAUGUAAGAAAACACAGGGAACCGAUGUCUGAAUUUCGUUCCUCGACGCUGUUGACCUGUGUUUUCCACGAUCGAAUCUGCGAAUGCAUUGAAAGAACCCUAAGUAGAAUGUCCGAUUGUAAUUAAAUAUAUUGUAAAUGUCGGGUCAAAUGUCGUAGAUAGACGGGGAAAUAUGUAGAAAAACAGAGUAUUACUCUAUUAUGAUAAAAAAAAAAAGAAAAAAAAAUAUGGACGAAGAAAAUUGUAUAUUUUAGGAUAUGGCUGUCGUGUUAAGCAGAAAGAAGAAAUAAUUACGUAAACGAAUUGCAUCGUAUCGUAUCGUGUUGCUAGUCAAUCGACACGUGUUGAAAAAUAAAGACGAAGGAACGACGAUUCGGCGAGAGUGGUGUAAAGAGCAAGAUCGAGUAAGUUAAUCAUCUCGCAAAUAUUAAAUUAUUGUACAAAAUUUAAUGCCGAUAGUUUGUAAGGCCUAUCGUUUUACUUGUACGAGAUCCAUUUAUGUUUAUAACGUACGACCUAUUCGAUACUAUCGUGCUAAGUUGAAUGGCGCGUAAACUCGUAUCUAUGCACACGAUUUAUUCACGUUCCUUUCGCGUACGAGAGACAAGCUGGAGUUCUGACUGGUUCCCAAGUUUCUUUAACUAUCGUACUCAUUAUGAUUCCGACUCAACAAACACGGAUUAUUUAAUAUUUGAAACAGAAUAUACUUUGAACUAUCGUUUGAAGAUAAUUUAUCCAUAUUUUAUAUCUAACAUGGUGUUGAAACAGCGAACAGCUAAAGUUGACUUAAGUAGCUUUUAAAAGAUGGUAACAUUAUAGGAUUAUAUCAAUGUAUUUUAUACCGAGCAUUUUUUAAAAAUCACGAUCGAUGACCAUAUUCCUACCAAAUACCAAAUUCCUUUUCCUUUCUUCUUUCUCUUUUUUUUUUUUUUUUUUUUUUUUUUUUUUUUAAUACGUGGAGAUAAAUUUUGACUAUAUUUAGCAAGAUUUCUUCAAGUACAUCUUCGUAUAAACAUUCGUAAACACUUUUUAUACACGAAGAUGGUAUUAUCAUUGAAACGGCAAUCGAUAGAAUUAAAGGAAGAUAUAAUACACUGGAACAAGUAAGAACUCUGGCUAGUUUAUCUAUGCAGUAGCGGCUGACUUCGAUGUCCAUCCCAAUUCUUCGACCACGUGCACUCUGAAUCGUUUCCAAUUUCAAACAGAAAGACUAAAGGACUCGCGAGGCUUCACGAAACUGUCAGCAUGGGAAGGAAGGAGCGAGGAAACGCGUUAGAGGAUCAGCCGGCAAACGAAAUCUAACAUGCACGCGGACACACUGUACAUUCGUGUAAAGCAUAGCGGAGCCUUAUUGAGAAAGCAAUAUGCAUCCUUAACAAAAAAAAAAAAAACUGCUUAAAGUAUUUUCAAGCUGCUAAUUCUACUCGAAUAAUUAAUUCCUAUGCUAAGUAAUAUCGAGGCAAUCUGGAUUCUCGAAAAACGGAGAUCGUCUUCUGCGGCUUCGUCAUCGCGAAACUGACCGAAGAAGAUCACCUUUUUCGAGGACCACCGAUGCGACCCACGGAUAGCACUUCAAACUUCUUUAUACGUGCAUUCUCUUCUUCACAGCCAACUGGUCGUUUCGAUCGUUCACACUGCCACCUAAUCUUUUCACUAUUUAUGUACUUUUACAAAAAAUUACCAAAUUUAGUAUUUCUUUUCGAACGUACCCAACGAAAAUUAUAUCAUAUCGCGUAAUAUAAUAUUUGCAUACCUAUAUAUGUAUAUAUAUAGCCUAUGAACAGUAUGUUACGAAAGAUAAGCUAUUUUGUUCGUUUGUGUGUUUAAAGGAUCAGAAUCAAAGUUACAGGCGAAUAGAUUAUACUUUUUCUUGUAUCAAAGAUCAGUAAACACCAGUACGAUUAUGCCGAUUAUAAAUUGGCUGAUUAUAAAGGCCGUUUCGUACGAUAAUUUAUCAAUGUUUCGGGUUAAUAUUUACUUCGAUAUUCACUUUUUACACUUGUAUUCACGUUCGCAAGGAAUCGGCGUUUUUCGCUACCGUGGGUGGCAGUCGAAGCCCUCUCCACCCCGUAUGUAAAUACACUACCGAAAAUAGUACGUAUAAAAAUUAUUCAUCGCCUAUACGAUACAAUUUUCUCCUACUUAUUGAAUCUUUAUUAAAGUAUAUAAUAAAAACGUGAGUGCAGUCCCGGUUCCAUCAGCUUCCUCCUCACCGCUUUUGCCGCGGCUCAACACCGUCGAACAUGUAAAUAUGUGUCGUGAAUAGACAAAAUAAAGAGGAGGCCGAGGGAAACACGGCGGUGCUCGAGAAAAAUAGUAGCGGCGCUCCGUAUUUUGGCGUAAAAAUUAAGCGAACGUGUAAACUCGUAAAACCAAACGGGGAGAAAGUGGUUUUAGCGAGUCCCUGGGCCAUAACAUAGGUCACUAAAUAUAAUAAUAUUAUAGGAAUAUCUCAGCGUUAUUUUGUACAUAAACAACUUUAUCAACGGAUAUUAAGAAGUCAUCAAUAAAUCUACAUAUAAAAAGACAA